AUGCCAAAUGAUUCAAGUCGAAAAGAAAACAUUGACAGAAGUAAAAGGUUUAAAGCUGCGCAAGGCCCUUCUCUCGCUAGUCGAAUUAAUCCACUCGAUUUAGGAUUUAGUUCUCAGGAAGCAAAUAAUUUAACCUUCAUUAGCUCGAGUGGCCAAGCAUACAAUAUUCUCCCUGGCAGUUAUACUUAUGCACAACCAAAGGGUUUCUCACAUAGAAACAAAAUUUUAGUGGAACGUUUUCAAGACACCCUCUGCUCAUCACUUGCAAUGGCAGACUUCCUUGAGGUAUCCAAAUUAUUUAGGGAAGGAAUUUUAUCAGCGCAAUCAUUUUAUGAUCAUUGCAUUAAAGCUCUGGGCAAGGAUUUGAUGAAAUCUUUCCAGAGUUGCUUGCUUUACUGCCCGAUAUCUGCAAGCAACAGGAAUUAUACUAUAUUUUAUCCAAAGUGA